ACACCACAAUAUAUUUCAAUUUCACCCGUGCUGCCGGCAGUAUCGCUCAUCUCUGCGAAAAUGCGGCUGGCCCUUCAUGCUGCCCUAUUUCUCUUCGCCUUCAUCGCGUGGAACGCUGCUGCGUCUCCCGACGAGGGCACGCGAAACCAACAGCAAUCCAGCCUCGACUUGGUAACCCUGGCAAAUGGCAAAAAGUACUACUUUUACGCAAGCCUGGAGAAUAAAAAAACUUGGUACCAAGCGAAGGAAUUCUGCGAGGCGCACAGCAUGCACUUGGCCUCUCCAAAGACGCAGGAAGAACUUGACCUGCUCUACCCUGCGGCCGACAGCGUCAGAGAUGAUUUCUGGCUGUUAUCUGCGUCUGACGUGGGCCAGGCGGCGGGCGAGUUCAAAUGGCACGACAACUCGUCUCUGCCCCGCGACAGCGCGCUGUGGAACGAGGACGACAAGGAGCCGAACAACUUUGGCAAAGGCCACGAGGUGUGCGCCUACUUCCACACCAACCGCGGACCAAAGCUGCUCGACUACAACUGCGACUUUCCCUACCGCUGCUUCAUCUGCCAGCUGCCCAACUAGAAUAAACCGCAAAAAAUUGUUACUUUGAAUAAAUAAAUUUUUCAUUUGAAAUAAACAAAUGUCUUUUAUUAU